CUUACACCAGGUGCACGCCGGCUGCGGGGAGCACAAAGCGGGGCGCACCGAGGGCGCCGGCAGCUAGCCGGGGAGCUAGGCGAGGCCCGUGCGCCCGCGCCUGCAGCGCCCUCCGGACGGGGAGAGGGGCCGGCGGCCUCAGCCCGGGCAGCGGCAUCCGCGCGGUGGCAAUCCCUAGGAGCCCCGAACGCCUUCCUCCUGACCUGGACGCUCGCUGCCCCGCCCUCUGCACCCCACUUCUACCCUUUUCCCCAAUCCUGCCUCCCUCUGCCUGGCCCCCGUGAGUGGGUUUGACUACGGGCCCGCGCAGCAGCUGUUGCUCGUGUCUCUGUUUCGCCUCUCAUCUUGGUGCUCUGCCGGGAGCCCCCCAAGGAGCCAGUGCCUGUGGGUUGGAAGGGAGGCGCCGCUCAGCAGGUCCUCCUCCUCCUCCUCUUCCUCCUGCUGCCGCCGCCGGUGCCUGGUCCGUGCGCACCCCGACACCCCCGCCAGCCGGGCCUCGGGGCAAGAAGCCGGUUGCUGGCUUCCCAGAGGCCGGGGUCGGUCGAAAGCGAGGAAAGUUUGCCAGCGUGUGCCUUGUGCUGCGUGGAGAGAGGUGUGGGCAGCAGCCUUCCCGGGGCCCUGCUGCGACUGCCUCCAUGAAGAGGAGUCCCUGCCUGGCAGGCCCAGGCACAUCUCCAGACUUUGAUUUGGCUGAAAUAACUUAUGCCACAGAGCUGUGUGCAUGCCUGGAAUUCAGAGACACUGUUAAAAGACUCCAAAUUGCUUCCUGCCUUUUGAAAACUCCAGGAAACCAUCCCUUCAGACUCUGGAUUUCUACACAUCUCAACGGAGAUUUUGCUUGAAUGUUUACAUUUUCUGCUUGCUGUCCUUCACACCACUAUAGAGUGUUCACCUUUUCUUAAAACUGAAAAAUUGUCAGGAGUUGAGCUUGCUCAGCAAGCCAGCAUGGCUAGGAUGAGCUUUGUUUUAGCAGCUUGCCGAUUGGCGCUGGGCUUACUAAUGACUGCAUUAACUGGGUCUUCCCUACAAAAUAGUGAGUGUCCACAACUCUGUGUGUGUGAAAUUAGGCCCUGGUUUACCCCGCAGUCAACAUAUAGAGAAGCCACCACUGUUGAUUGCAAUGAUCUCCGCUUAACACGAAUUCCCAGCAACCUUUCUAGUGAUACUCAAGUGCUUCUCCUACAGAGCAAUAACAUCGCAAAGACUGUGGAUGAGCUUCAGCAGCUUUUCAACCUGACUGAGCUGGAUUUCUCCCAGAACAACUUUACAAAUAUUAAGGAAGUAGGGCUGGCAAACCUCACCCAGCUCACUACUCUACAUUUGGAGGAAAAUCAGAUUACAGAAAUGAAUGAUUAUUGUCUGCAAGACCUCAGCAACCUUCAAGAACUCUACAUAAACCAUAACCAGAUUAGCACUAUUUCUGCUAAUGCUUUUUCAGGCUUAAAAAAUCUUUUAAGGCUCCACCUGAACUCCAACAAAUUGAAAGUUAUUGAUAGCCGCUGGUUUGAUUCAACACCCAACCUGGAAAUUCUUAUGAUUGGGGAAAACCCUGUGAUUGGAAUUCUGGAUAUGAACUUCAAACCCCUCUCAAAUUUGAGAAGCUUAGUUUUGGCAGGAAUGUUUCUUACUGAUAUUCCUGGAAAUGCCUUGGUGGGCUUGGAUAGCCUUGAGAGCCUAUCUUUUUAUGAUAACAAACUGGUCAAAGUCCCUCAGCUUGCCUUGCAAAAAGUUCCAAAUUUGAAAUUCUUAGAUCUCAACAAAAACCCUAUACACAAAAUCCAGGAAGGGGACUUUAAAAAUAUGCUUCGGUUAAAGGAACUGGGAAUCAACAAUAUGGGGGAGCUUGUCUCUGUGGACCGCUAUGCCCUGGAUAAUUUACCUGAACUCACAAAGUUAGAAGCCACCAACAACCCCAAAUUAUCUUACAUCCACCGCUUGGCUUUUCGAAGUGUUCCUGCCCUGGAAAGCUUGAUGUUGAACAACAAUGCCUUGAAUGCCGUUUACCAAAAGACAGUAGAAUCCCUGCCCAAUCUGCGUGAGAUCAGUAUCCACAGCAAUCCCCUAAGGUGUGAUUGUGUCAUCCAUUGGAUUAACUCCAACAAGACAAACAUCCGGUUCAUGGAGCCCUUAUCCAUGUUCUGUGCCAUGCCGCCUGAAUAUAGAGGGCAGCAGGUGAAGGAAGUUUUAAUCCAGGAUUCAAGUGAACAGUGCCUCCCAAUGAUAUCUCACGACACUUUCCCAAAUCAUUUAAACAUGGAUAUAGGCACAGCAGUUUUCCUAGACUGUCGGGCCAUGGCUGAGCCAGAACCUGAAAUUUACUGGGUCACUCCCCUUGGAAAUAAGAUAACUGUGGAAACACUUUCAGAAAAAUACAAACUAAGUAGUGAAGGUACAUUGGAAAUAGCUAACAUACAAAUUGAAGACUCAGGAAGAUAUACCUGUGUUGCCCAGAAUGUUGAAGGGGCAGACACUCGAGUGGUAACAAUUAAGGUUAAUGGAACCCUUCUGGAUGGCACCCAGGUGCUGAAAAUAUAUGUCAAGCAGACAGAAUCUCAUUCUAUUCUAGUGUCCUGGAAAGUUAAUUCCAACGUCAUGACAUCAAACUUAAAAUGGUCAACUGCCACCGUCAAGAUCGACAACCCCCACAUAACAUAUACUGCUAGGGUCCCGGUAGAUGUUCAUGAAUAUAACUUAACACAUCUCCAGCCUUCCACAGAUUAUGAAGUAUGUCUCACAGUGUCCAAUAUUCAUCAGCAGACUCAAAAGUCAUGUGUUAAUGUCACAACCAAAAAUGCUGCCUUUGCGCUGGAUGUAUCUGAUCAAGAAACCAGUACGGCCCUUGCUGCAGUGAUGGGGUCCAUGUUUGCCAUCAUUAGCCUUGCAUCCAUUGCUGUGUAUAUUGCCAAAAGAUUUAAGAGAAAAAACUACCACCAUUCAUUAAAAAAGUAUAUGCAAAAAACCUCUUCAAUCCCACUAAAUGAGCUGUAUCCACCACUCAUUAACCUCUGGGAAGGUGACAGCGAGAAAGACAAAGAUGGGUCUGCAGACACCAAGCCAACCCAAGUUGACACAUCCAGAAGCUAUUACAUGUGGUAACUCAGUGGAUAUUUUGCUUCUGGUAGUAAGGAGCACAAAGACGUUUUUGCUUUAUUCUGCAAAAGUAACAAGUUGAAGACUUUUGUAUUUUUGACUUUGCUAGUUUGUGGCAGAGUGGAGAGGACGGGUGGAUAUUUCAAAUUUUUUUAGUAUAGCGUAUCGCAAGGGUUUGACACAGCUGGCAGCAUCUCUAGGCUUCCAGUUUGUGUUUGGUUUUUAUUCUUAUCAUUAUUAUGAUUAUUAUUAUUAUAUUAUUAUUAUAUUAUUAUUAUUUUGUUUUAGUUAUUGUGCUAAACUCAAUAAUGCUGUUCUAACUACAAUGCUCAAUAAAAUGAUUAAUGACAGGAUGGGGUUCCCCUGUGCUUUUACCAGUAGCAUGACCCCUUCUUCUGAAGCCAUCAGCAGACAGUACCAUGUCCUCCAAAAAGCUAACACACAGCUGUGAAGCAGCAUUGAACCUUUUGUAGCAAUCUGGUCUACAGACUUUUAACUCAAGAAGCUAAGGCUAGAUUUGUUACCUUUGUUGAAUGAUGUUAGUUGACUGUACUGUAAUGUUGUAUCAACUGAAUUGAAUGUUUGCUUUUAAAGGAGACAACUUUUCUUCUCUUUUCUUUUGUAAUAGUUAAAAGGCUUAGAACAAGCUAACAGGCAAUAGAAAUAUGUAUAUCAGAUUUUUUAAUGUAACAAACUACAUGUUAAUUGUUACCUUAUUCUUUUUAUCUUUAGUAGACACUUUUAAAAGAAAAGAUAAUAAUUUUGUUGUGUUUAACUCACCAACAUGUGGUGUAUAAUGAAGACAGAACUACAAUAAAUUAGUUUUGUUCUGAUUUUUUUAGAACACUUGCAAUAAUGUAUCAUUUAUAGUUUUUGCUAGUUGCAGUGGUGAUAUUUUUCUCAUCCCUAAAAAAAAAACCACCAAAAUAAUUCAGCUACAGCAUGUUGCUUUUUAAAACUGGGCCCUGAAAAGUUUUGAAUUCUUUUUCUAAGGGAAGAAAUAAAUAUUUUAGUGAAGAUAUUUUAAUGAACAGUAUGUCUAUAUUUUAAAUAUUACUGACCAGACUUAAUGGAAGGAAAAAUUCAUACGUAUCCGAUGCAUAGCUAAAAGCGGUAAAUACAUUGAAUAUGUCACAUUCCUUUUCUGUAAUGGUCUUACUAAAAUUUGAUUUUUUAAGUAGUAUCCAUACUCCCUAUCAAAGUUUAAAACAUACAGCUCUGUAGUAUUCCAAAAUGUAUUGUAUUUUAUUCCUGUUUUAACAGCUGUCAUUAUCUUAGACCCAUAUUAGUCCACAUAUGAGUGGAGAGAUAGCUUCUGAGACAAGUAAAUGAUUAAUAGAAAAUAGCACAACUCUACAGUUGUUUUUGUUUGUUUGUUUGUUUUUGCAGAUUUGCAGAAUUAGGUGCUUACUGGGUAAUGUGUGUGCGAAAUUUAGAACAGAAGGAGGCAGAUUUAGGUAGGAGGCCAGUUCCACAAAGGGGAGGAAGGAGGAAAUUUAAAGGUUUAGUAGAGGAAAAAGGACCCAUUUGAAAAUGUAGAUCGAUAAAGCAGAGAACUUUUUAAAAAUGCUGUUCCAGAUGGCACCUGCUUUCAGAGACAUGCUGUCACACCAGGAACAAUGAGAUUAUAAAAAGGGACUGAGAGAAAGCAGGUGCCAGCUGAGCAAAAGCAAGGGAAGAGAAGAAAGGAAGUGCAGGUGAGGAGGCCUGAAGGAUUUCUUUGUAAAAUUCCUUGUUUUGUGGAUCAGUUAUAAACAAACAAACAAACAAACAAACAAAACUGUCAUUUUUCCAUCCCAUUUCUAAGGUGGAGAAAGGAAUUUCAAGUGCUGAAGCAAGUAAGCUGCACAGAAAACAAAGAGCAUCUGAGCUAGAAGCAUCUCUUCGCACAGCUUUCAUUUAGUGACGGAAAAACCUAUCCUGGAAAGAAUUGUAACUUGCCCCAUCAGACCCCUGCCCAUUGAGAAUGCUGCUCUCCAUCUAUUGCUGUGGGUCUAGCAGCCUUCCCGAUUCCCAGGCAGAGCUCACCUUUUUCAGUUUUCGACAACCUCCAGUGCCCCUGCUUCAAAAAUGCACUGUAUCCUCAACUUCCUAUUUACCCAGGACAAAUUUCAGCACAAGGACAGACCAAAGGGUCAGUGAAGCACCUACAUUGUUGGCCUUCCUGUGCACAUGUAGGAAACACUGAGAAUUAGAGAUGAUUUGGAUGCAACCUCAGGGACGGGAUGGUUUCCUGCUGGGAGAUUCCUAUCUUCAAAUAUCUACACAGAAUAGUGGACUAUCCAACAAACUUCUGCUAAUCCUGCAAGCAGUGAAAGAGAAAUGACACUGAAGCAUUAGGCCUGCAGCAGGGAGGAGGCAUCAAAUAUCCAACAAAGCAAUGAUUUGAACUUGGCACAUAAUUAGCACUCAAAUAUUAGUGGAAUAAAUGAAAACAACAACCAUUUUUUCUAUUCUGAAUUAUAGCAAGCACAGGGAACUCCAAUUAUUUUCUGUCAAUGGUCUUUUGCCAGGCCAGUUUUUCGGAGGGCGGGGGCAGGGAUCUCUUAACUUUUUCUCCUCUAAUAAAGUAUUUGAGCAUUUUUUCCCUUUUCUAUGGUUUGGUUUUAAGUUGGUAAAAAGUAAAAUGGCACAGAACUUUUUUCUCUAGCCAAGUAUUUCCUCCUUUGUACUUAAUUUAAUUUGAUAAGUUAGACAGUCAGUGAAAUUAGACAUUGAACUAGGUCCUGAUUAAUAAUGGAGGCUCUAUCACCUUUACCAAUGAAGUGACUAUUACAGGUCACUUUCUAAUUUCAUAUUUUUCUUUUGGCUUCCUGCUGCCCUCAGGGCAUAUAAUGUAUCUCUAAUCUGAUUUUACAAGGUUAUUUUUGGAGCAGUUUCUUAAAACAUGAUUCCCAAAUUUGCCCAUUUAAUUAAUAACAAAUUGAAUGGAUACUAUGAAUAAAAAGACAAAUGCAGGAGUUCCCGUUAUGGCUCAGCAGUAUUGAACCCAACUAAUAUCCAUAAGGACAUUGGCCCCACUCAGUGGAUAAAGGAUCCGGUGCUGCUGUGAGCUGUUGUAUAGCUCAGAGCCAGAGUUGCUAUGGCAGUGGUGUAGGCAGGCAGCUAUGGCUCCAACUGUACCCCUAGCCUGGGAACUUCCAUAUGCCACAAGUGUAGAAAUAUAUUAAUUAAAAACAAAUUCAAUGUUUGAUUAUCAAAUUUUCUAAUUUGUCCAAGUGAUUGGCAAGAAGGAAUCAUCUCAUUUCCACACACAAACAAUACCAAAGUCCAUCAUUUUCUCUCAUGUGGUUUUCUGUUCAUUCAUGGAUUUGCUAAGGACACCACCAUCAGUUCUUGGUGCUUGCUUUCUAUCUCUGUAUUCAUCUCCCAGGGCAUUUUCUUUUCUUCAAUAUUGUUUCAACUACUGGAAAACAAAAUAUUUUUCAUCUCUAACACUUUGCCAGGAAAACCAACAUAGUUUCUGCCUUUCAAUCCAUUGAAAAGGGGAAUUUUAACUACUACUUCUGAUGCAUUUUUAACUACAAUUGAAAACGCAUUUUUCUCCUCAAUUCUUUGACUGCUUGCAAAUAAACUUUUUAGAAUUAUUAUUCAUAAGGAAUUAGCUGGAGGAAAAAUGUUUCUUAAAAGAUGAGUUUGAGACUCACCAUCCAGAGCUCUGGAAAGAUUUUGGCUUAGAGUCCCUAUAAGACUUGAUCUGGGCUGGUGUGGGCAUUUCUUCAUGUUCCCCUCCUCCCCUCCUCUCAGUGAUACCAGGUCCAUCUCUCUGUACUCCAAGUUAGGAAGUAGGGUAUACAGGAGGGAACUCAUUAUCUUUGUACCUGCUGGUUCAGUGUUGCCCAGCACAGGUUAACAGAACUAAAUGGGUUUCUUGUACUGUGGAACUCCUCAGAGACUGGAUGGCACUAAUAUGAAGUAUAUAGCAUUUCCAACAGCCAUUUGACCAUUGGCGUAUUUCAGGCUACUAUUCUGUGCUACAGAUCCUGAGAAACUGAGGAUUUAAUCUAAUCUCCAAAAUAGUCCUGAUAAAUUAGGUAUGAUUCUUCCAAAAGUAUAGAAAAGACAACCAAGGCCCAUAGGAGUAAUUACUCGCCUGACACCAGGCCAUUCUAUAAGCAGCUGAUCAUGAUGGGCCCUUCACUUCCAGUUUCCUCUCCAUCCAUCCCCCCUUUCUGAGGUGGAGGUGGGAGCAUCUAUCAAGGGUAAGAGGCUGGAGGUCACAGGGCACAUGAAGAAGGCAAAGUACAGACAGGAAAACUCAAGGGAGAUGACACUAAAGGCUUUCUUUAUGUCUGAAUGUUCUUCUCUUUUCCCCUUUAAAGCAUUAUGUGCUGGGAAUCUGUGAGAUACCCAUCAAAACUAUGUUCACAUCAGGCCAAAUUCUAAUUCUAACCUUUAGUUCUCCCUAGACUCUCCUCUCUGUUCCCUGCUCAGAAAAUUGUAAAGAUUUUGUGGAGGAAAUUCCAAACUCAUUCCUUCCUUAGCAGUAAAUCAUGGAAGGCUUGUGUAAAAUUAGUAACAAACUCAAUGUUUAUCUCCAAAGCUUAAAGGGGGAAAUAUGACAUUCAUAUAAUUGGGCAGUUGCAAGGCUGUAUCUGACAUACUUGGGAACAAAUGGCUUUUGUACAAUCACCAAGUUUGUAGAGUUUGUAGGAUACUUAGAUUCAGAGAUCUCUGUAUUCCCCUCCAAAAAGUCCAUCCAACAGCCAUAAGACACUAAAAGGAUGACUUUUUAACAAAUAUGGUAGCCCUCCUGACAUACCCUCAUUUUGUCAGUCAUAUACUACUUAAUAUGAAGCAAAAACCAUUUUCACGCACUUCAUGAAAGUAGCUCUGGGUACAAAAGUGAGUCAGACCAUGCAGUCCUCUCCUUUCCACACUGGCCUCCCUCCCUUUCUCCCAUAAGAUUAAACUGACAAGGUAAAUUUCAUCCUGAGCCCUGACAGAAUGGUCAUGAAUCCUUAAUAAGUGGACUGUCCUGAAUUAAGUAGCAUUUAAUGCAUUGUUCUAUACCUUAGUGUGUUUCACUAAUGUAAACAAGACAGGGUGGUCCAGGAGAGAAGAAAACAAAUUUAUUGUGGUGACUCUUGGAGGAAUAAGGAAGGAGAAACAUUUUUGUGUAUGUUGCCUGCUUCCAAGAGCUUCACAUAGAUCAUUUACAUUUAAUCCUUUUAAUUGCCCCCCAGGGAGUGGGCACAGGGCAGGUACCAUUGUCCCUCCAUUAGAAAAAAGAAAAUGAAUACUCAGCCUCAGAGAUGCAAGCAAGUACCUGAAAUCACACAGCUGAUAAGAGGCAGAAGUUACACUUGGGGUCUAUAUGACUAAAAGUUGUAGUUUUUCUAUUCUAAAAGAGUCUGCAAGCCAAAUCUGGACCAGGAGUACAGAACACAGAGCCCCAAAGCCAAUGUGGCACAUGAGACAGAAGGAAAAGGAGAGCAAAAGAAGGCAGCAGUGAGGCCUCAGACUCCAGGGGUCUAAUUUAAGACUCAAACCUGAAGGUAAUACACAGAAAUAACAGUAAGCCAGAGAGCAGAAAAAGCAAUGGACAGCUAUUCAAAGUUUGUGACAAUAACUCCAUAUAAGCAAAUGGAAGACCCUGAAAGUGCAUGGAAAAGUAAUAGUUUAAAAAAGGGGAACAGGGGCAAAACUUGGAGUAGAUAUCAUAUCUUGCCAUACAGUGGGCACUUGGCAUGUUCCACAUGUUGUACCGAGCACCACUACCUGAAUUAUCUCAUAUAAUCUUUACCUAAAUUAAGAAGUAGUUAUUUUUUAUGAAAUAGGUAUAUCCUAAUCUUUCACAUGGAGAAACUAAGUCUCAGUUCAUCAGUCUUAAUUUGAAGUCAAAUCAUGAAGUCAAGGUUUCAACCCUGUCUGGCAGACUCCAAGGCCCAAGACUAACCUCUAAACGGUUUUGUAGCCACAGAGCUGGCCGUCUCAUUUGCUUGAUUGAUUGAGUUCCUCCUUGAGAAUGAGGAGCAGGAAUAAGGGUAGGUUUCAUGACCUUGUGAGGAUCUUGUAAGGAUCUUCUCACAAAAGGUGUAUAAACAUGAAGUUAAUGACAGAGGCUUCGGUAAGAAGAAAAAUGCUACCUCACUUUUUCUUUUGUAACCUUUAAGGUUAGUCUCACAUUUUAAUCAUGUCUAUGAUCUAUUUUUUUAAAGCUGUACCGCAUUAUUCAGACCAAGAGUUGUUCUGAUGACCUGUGUAAUCUAAUCUUAACUUUCCUGUAAAUCGUUCCAGGAAAUGGAGGUGCAAGGAGGAUAAACUCUCCUGAACCAUUAAGGGAAGAGUUUUAUGCCUAAUCCCUUAGCUGUGUGAUCUUAAUAGGCCUUAAUUUAAAAAUAUAUUACUUCUACCCUGUAAAAAGCAAACUGGUUAAAUACCUCUGAAAUUAUGAGAAAAAAAAAGGCCACUAUAAAAGUUAACUAAAAUGUGUGCUCCCAUAUUAUUUUUCCUCUUGUUAGAAUAUCACACAUAAAAAUGCUCCAUUUCACCAAAUUUUAUUCGAACUGGCAUAGGUGUGCCUGUGCCUUUCAUUAUCAAGUGGCAUUUUUUUCCCUCAAUUAUAAACAGUAAUAUGUGUUUUCCAUAGGGAAUCUGAAGAAAAUUAGUAAGAAAAAAAUAGUGUUUAAUUCCACAAUUUCAAAAUAAUCACGUGAGAUUUUUGGUGUACUUUCUUCUACUCUUUUUUUCCCUCUGUAUGUAUAUUUAUAUAUGUAUAUAUACAUAUAGUUAUAAAAGUAUACAUCUUUAUGAAUAUAGAAUUAGAAUCCUGGAAUAUAUAAUUUUGUAUACUGUCUUUUUUUUUUCUUCACGCAAAAAAUAAGCAUCUUCUCAUAUUAUUAAAUUCUCUUGGAAAGUA